CUCACUUCCUAGUCCAAAGUACAAAACGUGAGUGUUGAGUCAUUGUGAACUCUACAGUGAGAUAAACUACAGAAACAGUCGAGUAAUGGAACCGAGUAGUGUUUCGCUGCCCGUUUCUGGAGUAGUGAUAGCAGUAGUGUCAAGUUUCAUUAAUGGCUCGACAUUUGUGCUUCAGAAAAAAGGAAUAUUACGCUCUCGCGACAGAGGAGGGUCGUACCUGACAGAUGUGGUGUGGUGGGCUGGCACACUGUCCAUGAUUAUUGGUCAAAUUGGGAAUUUCCUGGCGUACAAUGUGGCCCCGGCUGUGAUAGUUACACCACUAGGAGCCCUGGGAGUGUUAUUUGGGGCUGUGCUGGCUUCUUGGAUCCUGAAGGAGCAUUUAAAUAUCCUGGGAAAGCUUGGCUGUGUGUUGUGUUGCUGUGGCUCUGUUGUGCUCAUCGUUCACGCCCCUAAAGCGGAGACCGUUACAUCGAGACUGGAGUUGGAGGAGAGGCUAUCGGACCCAGUGUUUGUAGUGUAUGCCCUCUCGGUGGUCCUGCUGCUGGUCCUUCUCAUUGUGUGGAUUGCUCCAGCUCACGGCACAUCAAACAUCAUGGUAUAUGUCGCCAUAUGUUCUCUCUUGGGAAGCUUCACUGUCCCAAGCAGCAAAGGACUUGGCCUGGUUGCACAAGACGUCUUUGGAGAAGGGCCGUCGAGCAGCAGAGCUCUGGCUCUCUUCCUGGGCUUGUUGGGGACUCUGGCUGUCAGCAUCCUGAUCCAGUUCUUCUUCAUCAACAAGGCCUUGGAGUGUUUCAGCUCCAACACAUUUGAAGCCAUAUACUAUGUAACAUUCACGUCCACCGUGAUUCUGGCUUCUGCUCUUCUCUUCAAGGAGUGGACUGCACUGACGUUGACAGACAGCCUCGCCAUGCUUUGUGGUCUGACGACAGUGUGCGUCGGGGUCGUUUUACUCCGCAUUUCCCAAGAGGCCUUGAUUACUUGGAAGAAGAAGACAGACUGAUUGAGAUUCCUUCACAUUUAUAGGACUUUUGUGCCAAACUGCAUUACUUAAAACAGUGAUUUCCAACCAGGGGUACUUGUACCCCAGGGGAGUAGGGUACUUCUACAUUUGCUACGGGGUAUGUAAAACAAAUUGUAUGGUAGCUCUACUAACUUGAAAAUUAAAUUU